CACUUUACUAAAAAUAAACAAAACGUUGGUUACAACCCAAUUGUGCAAUAUCCAGAUAUAAAAACCGAUAAAUGUAUUACACUGACAUUUUAAGGCCAUUUUGGCCAUUGCCUUCGCAUCGAGUGAUUCACUAUUAAAGAACCAAAUGGAGACUUUAACAUUGUCAGCGAAAGAUUGCGCUUUUAGGUCAUUUCAAUUCCAAUUCCAGCCAAGUCAAUUCCAAGACCAAGUGCAGUGUCAGCAAAAUUUAACUCCCGAAAAUCGAAGAACACAAAACACAAUUACAGAAGGGGAGGCGAAGAUGGCAGAAGGAUCUAAAGAGCAGGAGUUGGUUAAAACCAAGUUAAGAGUAAGUGACAGUAAACACGAUAAAAAUGUAAACAAAGACAAAAGUGAUCAACAAUCCGACAACAAUGAUCCCAAUGAAAAACCUAAAAAGAAGAAGAAAUGGAAAAAACUACAACCAUCUGAAAUUGGAUUUAACAUUUCACUGUUUCCAAGACCAGUCCGAGAUAACUGUGAAAAUAACUGGGGUGCUGAUGCUUUGUGGGCUAAAAUUGAGAAAGAAUGUGAAACUGUUGAAAAAAUUAUUGAACCAUAUCAGAAUCUUAUUGAAUUUGAAGGAAACACUUCUAAAGAUAAAAGAUACAUUCGAGUAGAUAGGGACAGGAAAGUUAUAAAAGCACAUAAACAAGUAAAAACGAAAUAUUGCAGAAGUGUUCUGAACAAUAAAGGACGCAAAGCAAUAUAUGUGAAUCAUAGAGUGUAUAAAAUGAUGGACCUUGACAUUCAAAGACUAUGUUAUAUGCCUAGUCCAAAGAAAGCAAAAAAUAUGCUUAAACGUGACAUUGCUAGAGGAAAAGACAAUUAUUCUAUAAACCCAUCAACAAAUAAACCACACCAACCAAAUCGAACAUACCGCCCUACUCCAGUUCAGUGUCUGGCACAUGCUAUUCACAAAGACAAUUUACCAUCUGAUAUUGAUGCUGCAUUAGCUAAUUUGUUAAUGAACUUACAGCAUAGAGACUUGACACCAGAGGAUUACGAUAUGUUAUUGCGUCUUGAUGAAGCUCGUGUUAAACCUAAAACUAUGUCUGAAGAUAAACUAAGCACAUUUAAAACUGAAACAGUUGAGAGCAAUGAUGAACUUGAAGUGUGCCCAAUCUGCAUGGAUUUGUAUGAAAAAGGACAAAUUAAGAAAUUUUUACCUUGUCAACAUGCAUUCCACAUAGACUGUAUUGAUUCAUGGUUAAAAAACUCUUCCAUGAACUGUCCUAUUGACAAUUUACCUAUUGAGUCAUGACAAAUGGAUGCUUAGGAUUUUUUUGACUUGAUAAAUUUUGUUAAUAUUCUAAAGGAUUUGAGCUAUUCCUGAACUUAUAUUGAUUCUUGGAAACAGUUUUCCCCCAGAAUAAUAUAAAUAGUGGAUAAAGCAUAACUGAAUCUAGAAUUAAGGAAAAAGUUUGAAUUUUAAGACAUAACAUUUUUUAAAUUGAGGGUUGAUAUAAAAAAUGUUAUUCUGUAGCUUUAAAAUUGAUUUGAAAAUCAUUGAAUCUUGGACUGUAAUUUUUCUGUAUAAGUUUGAUGGAAAAGUCUUUAAGGUUGUAUUUUGUAAUUUAACUUGCUAUCAUGCAAUUUAUUAUUAUGUAAGAAUCUGUAUAAAUCUGGAAGAAAUCAAUAAUUCAAAUGUUUCUAUAAGCAUAGGAUUUUGGCUCAAAUCCAAUAUUUCAGAUUGUUAUUUAUUAAAAAAUAAUAUAAAUUUUGUGUUUGA